CCGCACGUCCAGAUGCUGACUCGCCAAGUUCUCCCUCGGUGCCCCCAAGAGGACUCGAUUCGAGCGAAAACACCCAGCCUCCUGCUAGUGGUUCGCUUAAAGUUGAUACCGACAGUUCGUUCGCCAGGGCCUUCAAUGCGAUGUUGAUACACAACCAAAACCUCAACGCUCCCGCACGUACUCCCGAUGACUCCAACAGCUCUCCUUCUCCCGCACGUCCACUGGCAUCCGCUGACGCCCACGGCUCUCCCUCGCCGUCGAGCGGCCUCGACUCGAGCGAAAGGAUCGGCGCUCCUACAGGUCCCCGAUUGGAUCUCAACUCUCCCUCGACGUCAUCGGGGGCGUCGGCCAGCAUCUACGCGCAUCCUCGUACAGCUACUACAAGUCCGGCGCCAACCGACGCCCGGCCGUCGUCAAGAGGACAAGGCGAGUCUCCCCGGAACACCAGAGGGGGUGCUCGCAGGGGCCGCAGAUCAAACUUGGGAUCUUCAUCGUCUGCCUUGUCGGCGCCCACGCAUGGUCAUGGCGGUAGCCCAUCCAGAGCGUCAACCAGACCUGCCGAAGACCACCCGGGUCGCUCUUCCAAGUGCUCCAGGCGGGAGUCAUCACCGGUGCGACUGACACAGGCACCGCCGACACCACGGAUGACGGACGCAAAUGUGGAGCAGGUAUCAUCUCCCAGCUCGUCGACAUCAGCUGGGGUGCCCUCAAGCUCCACGUCAUCUACGGAUUGGAACGACGUCGACUGGGCUGCAGUCAGUCGUGCAGACUCGGAGCGUGCCGCGGCGUCUGCACAGGGCGCCGAGAACGGAGACAGCCCUCAAGGGCCUCAUCGUGGGUCUCGCAAUCAACGCGGACGGUAUCAGGGCACGCCUUACCACAGGUCACAGGCCACAGCGGGCGGUAGGCGGGGAAGAGGCAACGGACGUACAGAAGGACAACCCACUGGGCGACAAGGUAUGCCGUGAGGUGCCGAGAGGCACUGUUUUCCUCGUUCUGACAUCCUACACCGUCCCACACAAGCGUCUUUCUCGGGACGCCGCGUCACGGACGUUGGGCUUCGGCUCUUCAACGUUUUCUGAGCUAAAUACCGAAUCGCGACCCUCCACACGAUAACAAUCGGACCAGCUCGUAUUAUCUCGCACUAUCAUCAGCCACGGCUCAUAUACCCUCGCAACAAGAUACAUACAUGCCACAUAUACCCCAUAUACCCACUAUACCAUCUGUAUCCCCAUGUAUCUGGCAUAAACCCAGACUGGCAUACUAGUACUGUAUCUCUAAACAUGCAAAUUUGACUAGCAGCCUUCGCAGUGA